UUGUGAAAGUCUUCUUUUUACCUUUUUUUAUUGCGAGAAUGUCUUUGGAGGAGACGGUUAGUGAUGAAAGAGUUAGGGGGAGGUUUGAGGAGGUAGAGAUGAGGGAUUUGGGGGUGCCCUUAAAUAUUUUAGAUAGAGAGGAUGAAAGGGAGGACUGUUUCAACCUCGAGGAAGAGAUUGUUGGUGAGCUGAUGGGGUAUGAAACGUCUCUGGGAAAUAAGAGUAGCUUGGCCCAUUUAGUUGAGAACUACGAGGUGCUUGGGCAUGUGUUAAUGAGGCCAGCAAGAAGGAGAGAGAGGGCUUGUUUGGCUCUGGGGGACCAUUGGAUGCCUUUAUAUUCCCAUUACUUGGUAGCCGGGUUGUGGUUCCUUAUCCUAGACUUGUUGGUGUGGUUGUUGAUGGAGUAUGGUUUAGGGUUAACACAGCUAACCUCGAACGCUGUGAGGCUAGUAAGAGCUUUUCCAGUGUACGGUCGAGUUCAAGGGGUAUCAUUUCCCACCAUGAGUGUAUUUAAGUAUUUUUAUGUUUUGAAUGCUGGGAGUGGAGAAAUGAACAAGUUUCUAGAAGCAGCUGGUGGAGUUGGCAUCCCCAAAAAGGGUAAAGGGAAGAGGAUUGAGGUGGGAAGGCGAGGUGAGGGGGCCUCGGUGCCUCAGGCUGAGGUGACGGAACCUGCCGCCUCAUCUCUUCCGAAUGAGGUUGGGCCUUCAGCCACAGCUGCUAACGUUGCGACUGCAUUCCAUGAGCAGGGAUACAUUUGUCUACAUACAACAAGCUUCUAUGAUUUUGGGAUGAGAAGCACAGCAAAAAGAUUCAUUAACACCUACUUCCUGGAAGUGGAUCGUCAAUGGGCAAAAGAUGUGGUGGUAGCUAGAGGUUCAGUUGGGGUGGUGCGUCAGGCCCUUGAGGCUGUGAACCUCAUGAAUGUAUUGGCGAACGACCAUCACGAGAGUUUGAGGGACAAAAAUCAGAUGAGGAAAGAGAACGCCAAGCUCGUGAAGAAGAACGAAGAGGCCGAGGUUGAAGUGGCGAAACUGAAGGCAGAGAUGGAAGAGUUGAAGAAGGAGAACACCACUUUGAAGAAAGACUCGGAGCUCUCAUAUGAGAAAAGGAAAAUCUGUGAAAAUGAGCUUGAGAAGAAAGAAAAGGAGUUGGACAAGGUGGCGAAGGCAGCAGUUGAGUUGGAGUUCAAGGUUCACAACUUUGUUGAAGAGCAUGUGGAGGGGUUUUUGAAGUCCAGCACUUUCGAGGACAUCGAUCUUGACGUGGAUGUGAGGACAAUCACAUUUGGAGAUCAGGUGGGAAAAGUGGAGGAAAAUGGGGAGAGUAGCAUUGCUAACUUCCAUCCCAAGGUGACGCUGAAGUGGGACAAAGAAAGUAGAGCUCGAACCAUUUUGCCUCCGAAGUUCAGUUUUGAAUUUGUGGUGAUGGGUGACAAGGGAACCGAAGGUGCUGACAACCUAGAUCAGCCUGUUGAAUAAAUUUUGUAUUCUGUUUAUAGCUGUUAAAAAUUGUUUGUAGACAAUUUCAUUUAAUACAUUUAGUUUGAUUUUUAUUGUGUUUGUUGUUUUUAUGGUGGUUUUGAAAUGGGAGUUUGCUAAUUCAACCGAGGUGGGAAAAAUGAAACUGACUUCAUCUU